AAUCACCGAUGGAUGUGCGUAAAGGGUGACUAACCAAAACAUUCAGUAGUGAUUGUAAUAAUCAUCAAAGUUGCAAGAAUGUCGUAGUUUAAUCGUUUCGUACUGUAAUUAUUAAAUCAUUUAAACAUAUUAAUUCAAGAUGUUGUCAGUAACGGAAGAUGCGUCUAGGCCAUCAUCGGAUAAACAUACUGGGGUACAAAACGUUAACUCACUUACGGAAGAACAAGAUGGCGUCGAAGCCUCGGCCGCCGAUAAUGCAAUUGACGGUGAAAAUAGGAUACCACAAAGCGAAAUGGAUGACAAAGAAUUGUAUUAUGACACUGAUUUCCAGUCAAGGAGAGACCUUGUUCCGAUAAGGGAGUUCCUCGAUGAUGCGCUGUUAUCAAAUUUUUCUGAUAAAUAUCGCAAAAAGCUUGGUAAACUUCUCGAUAUAGAGAGACCAUCAGGCAUGGGAAAAAACUACCUUGAAUUAGCCGCAAGACUCUUUCCAGAUGAGAAUUUUGAGUCACUUCGUUACUAUCUUCGGAAAAGCAAGAAUCCGACAGCGUUUAUCCUUUUGAAAUACCAGAAAGAAUCAAAAGGACAAGCGAAGUUGUUCGAUUUGGUUGAAGCAUUAUACUUAAUGAAGAGACUCGAUGCGAUAGAGAUAGUUCUCACGGCUUACAGUGGCACGAAAGAUGCAAAAAAGAAGGAAAAUGGAGAAAGAACAAGUUCACUUUUGACACUUUUGAAAAGGAAGUUGUUUAACUAUGAUGAUACUGUUUCACUUUGUUCCGUACAAACAGUUUUAUCGACCUCUUCUGGUGGCACAUUAUCCUCGUACCAUUCUUCAGAAAGUAUAAGUUCUGUGGCCAUUUAUAAUGACAUUCAGUUUCCUCUGAUGAACAGACCUCCAGGACAAUAUUCAAAAGAGAAUUCAAUAACAAAAUCUGGAAAAAUACAAAAUUGCAAGAAAGAUUCAGUCUUUGUGGUUUCAGCCCAAGAUCAAACCACUUUUUGUAUACAGUUAGUAGAGUGGUUACGGAAAAAAGGAUUUGCUGCAAGGUGUAUUGAGAAAUAUGAUUUCAUUGAUAAACCAUAUACAUGGUUUUAUGAGACAAUGCAUUUUGCAUCCAAUGUUAUAGUCAUCUGCAGCCCGCAAUAUAUGGAAAUUGUUAGUGAUGGCUGCACAGAUAAAGACAUGGAUGAGCAUGAUGCUAUUGUAAAAAAUGCACACACCUUUAUGUCACAAGAAAUUUUUAAAGCUGGUGGCUAUAGUCCAAAAUAUAUACCAGUUCUGCAGCAUGGCACACAAAUGACUUGCAUACCAAGGCCCUUGACAUCGAGUAUGGCCUGUGUGUUUGGUGCUAAAGACAAAGAAAGUAGACAGGAACUUCUAAGGAGGUUGAGCAAGAAAGAAAAAUAUCAGCUUGUGCCAGUGGGGCCCAAACCAAUCAUCAAGACAAAAAUUAUUACUGGUGACAUAUUUGAUUUGCGAAAAUGAUGUCUGCCAAACCUCUAGUUCUGAAUAGUUCUGGACAGUUGUAAAUUAUUUUGUACAUCAUUUGUUGGGUAAUAUAUUGAUUUUGUCUAAAUUAAAGCACGUCAUAAUUGACUCGUAUCAAUCAUCGUUGGUCCAUAGAAUCACUAAUUUAGGCUUAUGGUUUAGAUUGUUUAUUUUACUUUCAACAUAUUUCUAAUCUUUUUGCUGCAUACUAUUGUAGAAUAUUAGUGAAAUGUUGUCUUCAUUGUAAGUUUAAAUCUUUUUGCAUUUACGAUUUUCCUAAUAGUGUGAAAGCUGAAAGCUAAACAAUUCGUUUUGCCAUUUGGUGCAAAGUUAUGCUUAGCUACAUGCAGUGAAGAAUAGUGAAAGACAGUGGCAGUACCAACGGGGUCAUAGGGGUAAUUACCCCCACCCACUUUUGUCAAAACAUGGUCCACAUGUUUCGUCUUGAAAUUGAAUAAAAUGUGCUAGGUAGGGGUCAUCAGGGCUGGCCGUAAGACUUUUAAAAGGGGAGCAGUAAACAGCUCUCCUAGUAGUUUUCAGGUGAGCAAUAAGAAUAGAAACAAAUUGAUUUCAAGGAGAGCAAAUUUGCUUUUAGAACAAUUUAGGAGAGCAAUCUCUAGCUCCCCUCCAUUGUUCGAGGAGAGCCUGGAGGGGAGCAAGAGCUAUGGCUCUCCUCAAAUGGCCAGGCCUGGGUCAUAUUUCCUAAGGAAAAUUACCUGGUGCAAAACGCUGCCCUGAAACGUAGCAAAUAGGGGCAUAGUCUCACUGACCAUGCCCAUCCCCCCCCCUCACUCUGCAGUAGCUGGCACUGUCACUAAUAAUAGAAUCAGUUAACAUGUACAAUGUAUAUUUGCAUCAGAACCAGUCUUUAUUAAA